CGUGGCGGCGGGCAGGCCCGUGGCGGCGGGGCAGGCCCGUGGCGGUCGCUGCCGCAUCCCGUCCGACCCCGCGACCCUCGGCGCGGCCAUGGCGGAGCCCCCGCGGCCGCAGCGGAAGCUGUCCCGGGUCGGGGAGAGCCUGUACCGCGUGCUGGGGCUGCAGAAGGGCAGCUCCCCUGAGGAGAUCAAGAAGGCCUAUCGGAAGCUGGCUCUCAAGUACCAUCCCGACAAGAACCCCGAUGACCCAGCGGCAGCCGAGCGCUUCAAGGAGAUCAACAGCGCCCACGCCACGCUCAGCGACGCAGACAAGCGCCGCCUGUACGACCAGUACGGCUCCCUUGGCCUCUACGUGGCCGAGCAGUUCGGCGACGAUGCUGUCCGGCACUACUUCCUCAUGUCCAAGUGGUGGUUCCAGGCGCUGGUGCUGUGCUGUGGGGCCCUCACCUGCUGCUGCUGCUGCUGCUGCUGCUUCUUCUGCUGUGGGACGUGCUGCCAGCCCAAGGAGGAUGAGUCCUACAAGUACGUGGACCCCAAGGACCUGGAGGCACAGAUGCAGGCAGAGGACAGUGAUCCUCCGGGCCCUGUGGUAGCACAGCCCCUGCCUGCCAGCACGGAGCCGCUGCCAGCCAGCGCCAGGAGCGAUGCCUGAGGCCGGCCGCACCCCGCCGGCUCCCCAGCGCUGGGCAGGGAUCCUCCUCCCUUGGGACU